AUCGUCGGAAAUGUUUGGAUCCUUUCCGUGCCUUUUUCACACCAAAGGAGCACUACCGGUGCCUGAUUACCAUAAAUCUGAUAAAAGUAUCCGCACAAAGGGUCUUUAACAGGGCGUUGCAUGGCCCCGGGCGCCAAUAGCACGAUAAAAGUAUAAAUAUGCUGUGGUUAGUUUCUGCUGCCAGAUGAACUAUUUUAACUUUCAGCGUGUCAGCGAGAUCAAAGAGGAGACGAUCGGUUUAUACUCGUACCGCAUAUGGGCGCGUUUCUUGCUUAUACAGUUGCAUGCCUGACAAUGAUAACUGCCAAUUUCUUAGUGUAAAGAAUGUGUGCGUGAACGUCAACUGCAAGUGCCUAAGUGAAGCAUUCAUUUUACACACCAAAAAAGAAUGGGUCAUGGAUUGAGACAUUAAGAAAGGCCGGCGCAUAGCGCGGUGGUAUUGAAGCGUCGUAUGAGGCAGCACGUAUCCAUCCCCUCCCCCUGUAUCUGCUACCAUUAUCCACGGCUUCUCACCUGGAGCGCUGGCUCUCCCCGGCUCUCCUGCCGCUGAAAAUGGUCUGUAUGUCUUUAAGGCGCCCCACUGCCUCACUCUCGCUUUGUGUUGAGGAGAAACUCACGCCAUCGGGACAGAAUAUCGCUAUGAUUUCAUUUUGAGAAGCUGCAGGGGAAGAGCAUACAAAGUAACCAUUGCUUAAAGAUCGACACCAUAGCCUACCUUGUCAAGGUUGUCCGAUUGCACCGGAAUGAGGCCCGGCUCCGUGCUGCUUCCAGCUUUAGCUGCGCUCCUCUGCCUGCUGUCGGGAUUGUCACUGGUCACCUCCUGCAACAAAGCGCUGUGUGCAAGCGAUGUGAGCAAGUGCCUCAUCCAGGAGCUGUGCCAGUGCCGGCCGCUGGAUGGGAACUGUUCCUGCUGCAAGGAGUGCAUGCUGUGUCUGGGCAGCCUAUGGGAGGAGUGCUGCGACUGCGUGGGCAUGUGCAACCCAAAGAACUACAGCGACACUCCGCCCACCUCCAAGAGCACCGUGGAGGAGCUGCACAGACCCAUCCCGUCGCUCUUCCGUGCCCUCACCGAGGGCGACACGCCCAUCAAUAUGAUGGUGGUCUCCUUCCCAGUGGCCGAGGAGCUCUCCCACCACGAGAACCUGGUCUCCUUCCUCGAAACGCUCGACGACGCGCACCAAAACAUCUCGUUGCCUGGCAACAGCAUUCACGCUAGCUAUGACAGCACUCGAGGUACGAGGCCAUCCCAGCCAGGAGUCCAGCUUGAACCAGCAGAUAACCUGUGCACGGUGGUGUACUUCGACGACUGCUUGUCCAUCCGCCAGUGCAAACUAUACUGCGAAUCAAUGGGUGGCUCCAAGUAUCGCUGGUUUCAUAACGCCUGCUGCGAGUGCAUUGGACCCGAGUGCCUGGACUAUGGCAGCAAGGCCGUCAAGUGCAUGAACUGCCUCUUCUGAGGGCGGGGCCUGACUCCUGGGGGGGGGGGGGGGGGGAUAUCCUGAGGUAGAACUACAAGCUUUAGGUGCCUCAAUAUUACUAUGUAAAAUAUUUGCCCUUGCAAAAUCUUUUUUGUAUUUUUUCCAUUUUCUGUAAAUUUUAGAUUUUUUUUAAAAUAGGUUUCUGCCAGAGAAGUGUUUUUAUCUGCAGUAUCUUGCUUAUCAUCUCCUACACUAUCCACUCACACAUGAUCUUGGUGGUUUUAGGGAUUCUGUUAUCAUUGUAUGUCAUGGAAAGGUAUUCCUAACUAUAACUGUUUUGCAUAUGACUGAUGGUGCCUCAUAAGCUCUUUCUUAUCUUUCAGCGUGCCUUCAUGUGGUUUUAAUGGCUUUAAUUAUGACACGUGCAGGACAGCCGUGACCUGACCCAGCAACAGUGAUCCUAUCCCAUAGCUCAUUUGGAGAUGAGUUUGUUUGAAUCUGGAGUGAAAAGCAGUGUCCGGCUGUUAUUAGACGGCUCCAACUGCGUUUCUUCCUCUGGCUGUCAUGGCUCUGACGAUGCCUAUUAAAUGUCAAGAACAUUUGGUUUAGUUUAUACAGUGAUGACCAGCAAAGAGGUGGAUCCUGCGAGGGAGGGAGGGAGUGAAGCGCGGGUCAGCCAGCUGCCUGAGCGCCUGCGUCAGCAGCCCAUCUGGCUGCUGAGCUCACGCUGCACGCUGCGCUGUAACUGGGGGGCCUGUGCUUCCAUGCUGCACUGCUGGCUCUGCUGUGCACGUUUAUCCGCAUGCUGUCAUUUUAUUCAGCCCGCCUUCGGGAAGCCCUGCACAGACUCAUGACGCUCCCCCAGUGCUGGGAAACGCAUAAAAGGCUCGUUGUUUGAAAAAAUGCUUUGAAGGAAUCCAGCUUCGCCAUCAUGGUCACUCUGCUUGCUGCCAAUAGCCCCUAAGCAGAAUGUGUAAGGAAUUGGGCAUUUGUGUAAUGCGCUGUUGCAUGGCCUGUAGGGGCAAGCGCCAUCCUGGGAUCGAGGGGAAGCCGCCGGAACGCCCUCUUGUUUUGAUUGGUGGGAAAAACCUCUGCAGUGUGUUCAUGCUUCAGAAAUCACACUACAGUAAAUCUGAAGUUCAUUGGAUGAUGUGGGAUUUAAGACUGAACACCACUAGAACAAGGAACAGCAGAUGAGGCUCUGUGGAUCAUUUUAGUCAUGUCAUUUAAAUAUUUGUGAAAAAUUGUACCUUUUUUUUUUAUAAAAAGACAUACUGUGGGUAGUCACUGUAUUUGCAUUUGUGUGGAAAUGUUGAUAUUUAACAGCACAGCAUAAAAUGAUUGUAAAAUGCAA